GCUCUCUCGCUCCCUCGCCGCCGUUUCCUCAGUGAAAAUGCCGCCGCGAUAGAGAGCCGCGCGUGCCGUGUGCUCUCCUCGAGCUCUCGUCGCGUUCCCGUGAUAAGGACGGGCUCUCUUAUCAGAGACUCUUUCGCGAAACGACACCUAUCCGUUUCGCCCGCUUUCGCCUCUCUUUCUCCAGCUACCAGUGUCUCUUCUCUCUCCGCCGCGUUUUCUUCUUCCGUCUGUCGGUCUCGCGCUCCCCUUCCCGCUCUUCUCUAUCUCCGUUAUCACCGUCCUCUUGUCCGCUUCACCCCCUCAUCCAUCUUUACCCGCGCGGUGCGCACCGCGAGCGCACGGUUUGACAGUCCGCGAGUGUCGCGGACCGAAUCGCGGCCGCGGAUUCUGGACGCCGCUUCCGGAGAACCGGCGCUGUCGGACGCGCAGGUGUAGACAGAAAGAAGCGCGUGCAUCAUUGGAGUAAACAGUAAAAUUCCCGAAGCGAGAGAGGUCGCCGGGCAAGAGGAUGGAUCGGCUUCGACGGAGCUUCCGGGAUAGCUUCCGUCGGCGGAAAGACCCUCACGUGCCCGAGUCUAGUAAACCUCAUCAGUGGCAGGCUGAUGAGAGCGCAGUACGUUCGGCUACGUGCGCAUUUCAUGUCAAGUACCUGGGAUGUGUGGAGGUGUUCGAAUCGAGGGGUAUGGGAGUCUGCGAGGAAGCUCUUAAAGUUCUCCGAAACUCACGACGAAGGCCUGUACGGGCGGUGCUUCACGUGUCUGGCGAUGGGCUGCGCGUUGUCGAGGACGAGACGAAGGGGCUAAUUGUCGAUCAAACGAUCGAGAAAGUAUCGUUCUGUGCGCCCGACAGAAAUCACGAUAAGGGAUUUAGUUAUAUCUGCAGGGACGGCACGACGAGACGAUGGAUGUGUCAUGGAUUUUUAGCGUUGAAAGAAUCGGGGGAAAGAUUAAGUCACGCAGUGGGUUGCGCCUUCGCCGCGUGUCUCGAGAGGAAGCAACGACGGGAUAAGGAGUGCGGAGUUACGAUGACUUUCGACUCGAAGACUUCUACCUUCACGAGAAGCGGCAGCUUCAGGCAACCGAGCCUCACCGAGCGGUUGCAGGAAUCGCGCGAUCGUGCAGUCGACGUUCCUCCGGUCAAGCAGGUGUACAAUCCCUUCGCGAUCGAGAGGCCACACGCCACCCCGUCAAUGUUGGAGCGACAGGGUUCCUUUAGGUGUUUCACGCAGCUAAACCAGGCGUCUCCGUUCAAAAGGCAACUCAGCCUACGAGUCAACGAUCUUCCUAGUAAUCUUGAACGCACACGUAGUCACAGUCUGGAACCGACGGAUUUAUCGCGGAUGCCCCCAGCUCUCUCGCACAUUGUAUCUCUCAAGCCACCGGAGUUCGAAGGAUAUGACGAAGUGAGCCCGAUACCGGAAAUAUCUCCCGGCGGUCAGGAUAGCGUAUCCGCGAUGUGUCAGCAGCUUUCUCGGGGGCUUUCUCUGCUAUCGAGAACCGACGACUUCGGACCAAUGCCGUCUCAGGCUACCACCGCAAGUUCGGUCGCCAAGCAACUCUUCAACGCCAGUACCGCCAGCUCUCCUCCAGUAACGAGUAGUAGCUCGUUGGACGAGAUGAAGCUGCAGAAUGGUCCCACCGUUAAUAACAAUAACAACAACGACAAGAACGACGAUCUCAGUAACCUGAAUCACGUCGGGCCCAGCUGGCAGGACUCGUCCCCCGUUCUUGCGUCGAACCACAGGCUCACGCCUAUCCUUAAGGCGAGCAACCUGAGUCCCGUUCUUCCAAGGACGAACGCGCCCACUCCAGUCGUUAUGAGCACACCGGCACCUGCCUCCAGUGUAGGUGCUUUCGGCACACCACCGUCGGCGAGUCCGGCUUUCAGUACGACUUCUACGGUUUCCUCUUUAGGAAACACGUCUACACCGAGCGUGAACAGAUCGCCGAUCCCGAUCAAUUCGGCGAUGACGCCGAAAACGAGUUCGCCCAGUGCCAAUAUGGCGUCUGUUUCCCCGGCGCUGUCCGUCUCGACUGAAGUCGCUCAAGUCUCGUCGGCAACCGGUAUUCCAACAGCUCUGGUACAACCGCUUUCCACGCCAGCUGGUUUGCCGAAACCAGAACAAUGGUUGGGCAGUAUAACCGGCUCCGUGCCGUCGCCGGUACCCCAUGUACCAGUUAGUCCUCGACGAGCGCCUCUUCUACACGCGAGGGCGCACUCGCUCGGAUCGGCUGCGAUGAGCCAGACUUCCAGAGGAGGACCCUCCGAUCCUUUCGACGUCGAAUGGGCGGAGAUCGCCGCGAGAAACCUGCGGCAAUCCAGCACGACGAAUCCCUUCAUCAUGCCGAACGCGACCCAGGCGUUCCAAGUGCAGUUGUAGCGUCAGGAGUUCAUCAAUAACGUCGUCAAGUAUUUCCGUUCAAACACAUAGUGACGGCUACACGUCCGCUCGCGCUUUGACCUCGCACACGAUCGAAAGUAUUACACGUGAGCCGCGUGUCCUCGACCCAGUCGCGAGCACUAUCGUUUCGAUCGUGCACGACGACGUCGCUGCCGCCGCGAUCACGCUUCCGGUUGAGUAGCCUGAUCCCGACCACGAGCGAGAACUCGACGAAGAAAGCAGGGCCGAAGGAGCGCGACAAACGAAUCUUCUCGUCGAAUCGGCGUUCUAGUAGCAACGACGAUAGCAGCGAACCACAGCAUAGAACGAGUAUUCGUGAGAAUACUUUAUAUAGAUAAAUACGUAUACGCGCACACGCAGCCUUAAAUGACCUCAGUUAGAACAAAAUAGACAAGAAAGAACAACAAGGGGAGAAGGAAGAAGAAGAAACGAGAGACACACGUAAACGCGCGUAGGCGAACGUGGCGGGGAGGGACAUAAAGUUUCACGCACCACACACUAUAAUAAUAAUAACAGGCUACUCCACGUCUGUCGAGGAACAAGAAGCAAUAGAAUAUCGCGGUAUACGCGUAUCGAUAGUUAUACUUAAAUGUCUGUGACGCGAUACCGUAAUUGGAUAUCCUAGUAAUCUUGAUUGAGUAGAGUUAGGCUCAAGCCGAGCGGUUAUCGUCGUUUUGCAUGAGAAACGAAAUUGUACGCACCCCAAGAUUACGCACUGCACCCUUACCCUUCUUUUUCCAGACAAAAAAGGAAGAGAAACAAAGAGAAAAAUUAUAGAUUAACAAAUAAAGUAUGUAGCGUAGUUGCUUCGUGGUCGUGUACACUACGACGUGGGUCACGAAGUGCGGACAGUCGUACCUUCUCUUCACGGGGGGAGGGGGGAGGGGACUUGCAUUUUCCGGCGGGCUUACCCGACUCAGGCGAGCACAUACAAGCGGACGCUCGGUUUCGUCGAAACCGUGACGCGAUUAAACGCAAGGGGGUUAACAUCCGCAAGAAACUGUGAUAUAUAUUGACGUGAAGUGGCCAGUACUUAAACGCGCGAACUUAACGGGGUCGAAACGCGGAAUAUCGGGAGUAUCGAGAGACUUGCUCAAAGGUUGUCGCGCCACGUGAUAGCGGAGAACGAGCGACCGCGAGCUCGGGGUACCACAGACUAUCGUCCCGUAGCCGGCAGACAGAGAAAAAGGAAGGGACAUAGAGAGAAAGAAAGAAAGAAAGAGAGAGAAAAACACCCAUAGAUUAUUUAAAUAAAGAUUAGCUGUUUUGAAGAAUAGCGGGGGCGGAGUACGUCCCUUACACUAUCGUUGUCUAUUAUACACAUGAUCGAGCUGCAUUUAUCGCAAGUGGACCGAGGACCGCGGGAGGAAGGUACGGCGACAGUGACGCGUAACCUCACACGACGAGGACGACACUCGCGGAGCGAUUUCCGAGGAGGGUCGGGACGCGGUGCUUCCGCUUUUGCAACCGCGAAAGUUGCAUUCGCCGAGCCGAGUCGAUCCACGCAUGCAUACGCGCGCGAGUCCGUAUCACCUGACGAUGCGAUCGCGCCGAUUACGAGGUCGACGAUGUACGUCGUAGCGAGACGAGCAGGGAGGGGUCUCCUCAGUUCCACGUAGUAAUUGAUAGUGUCCGGCGAGAUAUCAGUAUUGCAGCCUUGCAGCUUUCUGUCUUUCAGGCUAGCGGCCGCACUUUCGGUUUUUCGAAACGGAUCGAGGGUAAAACGUCGAGAAAGGCCAAGAGCGGUAUAUCACGAGGCAAGUGACCGAGACGUGUGUGUAUGCAUUGUACAUAGAAUAGUUAUUUAAAUCGUAACGAGAGACAUAAAAACAAAAGUAAGAGGACUAUGAUGAAAAACGUGAGAGAACGUUUGGAAGUCGUAUAUUAAGCCGGUGACUCAGCGACAACGCGAAGGGGUUCCUUCCCGGACGCAGUUCUAUGAUUAUUUCCGUCAAACUGCCGGUGCUUAUUCGGACUUCUUCCAUUUCGAUUACGUUUGUACGCAUAUGACACGUGUGUAUUACGCGAAUGAACGUUCAUGUGAUGUUUCCUGUGCGAGAUUCGCGAGACUCGUUAAUCGAAUCCUGCGACUCUGCUCUUCAACAAUAUCCUAUACGUCGUUCAUUUUGUCGCGUUAAACGGAGAACGUAUGUGCGCUGGUAUUCUUCGUUAUGGGACGAGUCGUUCGCAUGUAUUAUUGUUUCGGACGAGCUUAAUCGCGGAUAAACGGUUGUUAACGGAGGGAAGCGCCGAGGCGUUGUUGCUGGUCGUACGGCGAAAAUGGACUUGGUUUUUCCAGUCACCUUCCGUCCGUCCCGAAAAUCAAAAGGUAACAAAAAAGAAAGAGAGAGAGAGAGAGAGAGAAGGAGGAGGAGAAAGAGAGAUAAACAAAGUUUCCAAACGAGAGGGCCAAGUAACACCGCAAAGCAGCACAUGGAGCAAUCGCUAGGUACUUAUCGUGGUACUUAUGAAAACGGUUAAUCGAUGUACUUAAAAAAGAAAAAAAGAAAAAACUAUUAACACACGUAGGUCGUUGUUAGCGAAAUUGUCGCUGUUCGACGCACGUCGUCGAUGUCUUCUACUCUAUCCGUCUCAUUUCAUUUCUUCUCGUUUUCAUUCUUGCGGACUGACAUUUCUUCCGUUUCUUCGGAGAAACGCGGGAAGGGAGAACGUGUACAUAAUGUAGCGACUCGUUAUAACAUUAUUAUUGUUUAGAUACAUAUUGUUUCCUUUUAUUUCUUUUACACUUUACUCUCGGUCAAUGUACGCUAACUAUAUACAUUGUUCAUUUGACUAGGAUCGAGGAGAAGCGAUAACGACGUCUCGGCUGAUCCCUGCUUGUAGAUGUACGGUGUGCGUAACUUAUCCGGUGUCUUUUGUAAUUUUUGAUCGGGUUUUAGUUGAAUUAGCUGUCGCCUUUCCCCUCUUUCCGAAAAAAAGCGCGGAAAUCAGCCGAGACGUGUUCCGGUGUCUCGUACCGACUGAAACAGGCAAGUGCAUUUAUGGAGGAAACGAAUAACACAGUGGCACACAGACACACGCUCAACACGCGACAGGUGUACGUGUACACAUAUAUACGCAACCAGAGAUAGAUAAAUAGGUAGAAAAAGAGAGCAAGGGAGGGAGAGAGAAGAGAGAUGCCGGGACAAGAAUUAUAAGCGAAUAGGUGCACCGCGUGCCAAAUUCAAAAGUGCAACCGCGUUGCCUGCCAAUUGGACGGUAGUACAUCGCGCACGCUUCCGUGGUUGUGUUGUACAUAGUGUCGCCGGUCGAUUCCUGGAUCAACGUACGACUCAAUGCGUGUAUAUUUCGUAAAGGUAUCCUUGUUCAUUUUACAUUGUAUCUGCCACUGUAAAGAUACGGUUUAUUAUAUAAUAUCUGUUGUGAUUACGAA